CCGAGCGAGGCCAACCCAAAGAUGGCGACGCACACGAUUCCACCGAUGCACGCCGUUGUGCAGCGCCACCACGUUGCACCACCUCGCCGCUGUGGCGCCGUCAUCCGCGCCAUCGCCGCCACCGCCACCACCGCCGAGCCCGACACACUGUCCGCGGCCUUCUGGGACUACAACCUCCUCUUCCGGUCGCAGCGCGACGAGUGCCUCGGCUCCGUCCCACUCCGCGUCACCGAGGGCGCGAUCCCGCCGGACUUCCCGGCCGGCACCUACUACCUCGCCGGCCCCGGCAUCUUCUCCGACGACCAUGGCUCCACCGUCCACCCCCUCGACGGCCACGGCUACCUCCGCUCCUUCCGCUUCCAGCCCGGCCACGGCACCGUCCACUACUCCGCGCGGUUCGUGGAGACGGCGGCGAAGAGGGAGGAGAGCCGGGACGGCGCGUCGUGGCGGUUCACGCACCGUGGACCCUUCUCCGUGCUGCAGGGCGGGAAGAAGGUGGGCAACGUGAAGGUGAUGAAGAACGUGGCCAACACCAGCGUGCUGCGCUGGGGCGGACGGCUGCUCUGCCUCUGGGAGGGCGGCGAGCCGUACGAGGUGGACCCCCGGACGCUCCAGACCGUCGGCCCGUUCGACCUGCUCGGCCUCGCCGGCGCCGCCGCAGACGAGGCCAACGCGUCCGCAGCACGGCGGACGACGACGCGGCGGCCGUGGCUGCAGGAGGCCGGGCUCGACGUGGCCGCGCGGCUGCUGCGCCCUGUUCUCAGCGGUGUGUUCGACAUGCCGGGCAAGAGGCUGCUCGCGCACUACAAGAUCGACCCGCGGCGUGGCCGGCUGCUGAUGGUCGCCUGCAACGCCGAGGACAUGCUCCUCCCGCGAUCCCACUUCACUUUCUACGAGUUCGACGCCCUCUUCGACCUCGUCCAGAAGCGGGAGUUCGUCGUGCCGGACCACCUGAUGAUCCACGACUGGGCCUUCACGGACAACCACUACGUCCUCCUCGGCAACAGGAUCAAGCUCGACAUCCCCGGAUCGCUGCUGGCAUUGACGGGCACUCACCCGAUGAUAGCGGCGCUCGCCGUGGACCCGAGCAGGCAGUCGACGCCGGUAUACCUGCUGCCGCGCUCCCCGGAGGCCGAGGCGAGCGGCCGCGACUGGAGCGUGCCGAUCGAGGCGCCGUCGCAGAUGUGGUCCGUGCACGUCGGCAACGCGUUCGAGGAGGAGAACCGCCGGGGCGGCCUCGACGUCCGGCUGCACAUGUCGGGCUGCUCCUACCAGUGGUUCCACUUCCACAGAAUGUUUGGUUACAAUUGGAACCACAAGAAGCUGGACCCGUCGUUCAUGAACGCGGUGAAGGGCAAGGAGUGGCUGCCUCGCCUUGUUCAGGUGGCCAUCGAGCUCGACAAGACAGGAGCGUGCCGGAGAUGCUCCGUCAGGAGGCUGUCCGAUCAGUACGCCAGGCCGGCGGACUUCCCGGCGAUAAACCCAAGCUACACCAACAAGAGGAACCGGUUCAUCUACGCCGGCGCUGCGUCCGGCUCCCGCAGAUUCCUCCCGUACUUCCCGUUCGACAGUGUGGUGAAGGUUGAUGUCUCCGAUGGUUCGGCACAGUGGUGGUCUACCGAGGGGCGCAAGUUCGUCGGCGAGCCCGUCUUCAUCCCCACCGGCGGCGGGGAGGAUGACGGCUAUGUUAUUCUUGUGGAGUAUGCAGUCUCAAAGCACAGAUGCCAUCUAGUGGUGCUGGAUGCAAAGAAGAUAGGGGAAAAGAAUGCACUUGUGGCAAAACUUGAGGUGCCAAAGCACCUCACUUUUCCAAUGGGAUUCCAUGGUUUCUGGGGAGAUGAAUAAGCAUUGAGCAAUAGCAUCAAACCAUGUCCAACUCUGGGGAGGAAUUGUCAGGCAA